GCCAGCCAGCCAGCCGCACGGAGCCUCCCGCGCUGCCCCUGCCCUGCCUCCUCGCCGGACCCCUGGCGGCCCCAUGGCGCUGCUGCAGAUCCGCCUCUCCGUGCUGGUGGGCUCCGUGGUCCUCUGCCUGGCUGGCGCUCAGUGCCCGGAAGAGUGCCGCUGCUCCAGGUCGGCCCAGGUGGAGUGCUCUGGGCUCCACAUCACAGCGAUGCCCGGCCCCUUGCCCAGCGACGCCAUGAGCCUGCAGGUCAUCAGCACCCACAUCACCGCCCUGGGCGAGGCGGCCUUCGGGAACGCGUCCGGCCUGAUCGCCCUGCGGAUGGAGAAGAACGGCCUGUCCCGCAUCAGCCCCGGGGCCUUCCGCCACCUGGCCUCCUUGCGCUACCUCAGCCUGUCCAGCAACAAGAUCCAGGAGCUGCCGCUGGAGGUCUUCCAGAGCCUGGCCAGGCUGGAGUCCCUCCUGCUCUCCGGGAACCAGCUGCUCCGCAUCCACCCCGCCCACUUCACCCAGCUGGGCAGCCUCAAGGAGCUCCACCUGCAGGGCAACAGCCUGCAGUCUGUCCAGCCAGGAGCCUUUGACCAGCUGACCUCCCUCACCAAGCUCAACCUGGCCAAGAACCGCCUCUCUGGCCUCCCGCCCCGACUCUUCGCGCAGCUGAGGCGCCUCCAGGCACUGAGGCUCUAUGAGAACCAGCUCACGGCGGUGCCCCCCCAGGCCUUCGAGGCCCUCGCGGAGCUGCAGGAGCUCGGCCUCCACCAGAACCAGCUCCGCCAGCUCCCCUCCGGGCUCUUCUCCACCAACCACCAGCUGCAGAAGUUGUUCCUCUCCAACAACCGGCUGGAGGAGCUCCCUGCCGGCCUCUUCUUGGACCUGCCGGAGCUCUCCAGGCUCUCUCUCUUUGGCAACGCUCUCGGGGCGCUGCACCCGGGGACCUUUGGGCCGAUGCCCCAGCUGAGGGAGCUGUGGCUUUAUGACAACCAGCUGGCCAUGUUGCCCAGCCACAUCUUCAGCAACCUCACCGGCUUGCAGCUGCUCAUCCUGAGCCGGAAUCGGAUCCACUCCAUCGCCCCAUUGGCCUUUGCUGGCCUGGGCGCCCUGGCGGAGCUGUCCCUGCACACCAACGAGCUCCACACCCUGGCGGGGGAGACUUUCCAUGGCCUGUCCCAGCUGCAGAACAUCUCCUUACAGAACAACCAGCUCCGUUUCCUCCCAGGGCAGCUCUUCCAGAACACACCAGGCCUGGUGACGGUUCAACUGCAGAACAACUCCCUGGAGACCCUCCCUGCAGGCAUCUUCAACCGGCUGCCCCAGUUGCACGAGGUCAGGCUGUAUGAUAACCCCUGGUCCUGCGACGCCCGGCUCCUGGCUCUCAAGCGGUGGCUCCAGGAGAACCAGUCUCGCCUGGGGAGCAGCCGCCCACUGUGUGCUCUCCCACUCCACCUGCAGGGGCAGCCCAUCGCUGAGCUGCAUGACAGGCACUUGUCCCCCGAGGUCUCCGAAGGCACCGACGGGCCGAUGCCCCCCUCUGACCAGACCGAAAGCCCUUUCCAGGACCAGAGUCCAGUGACCCAGUUCCAGGGGCCUCUGGACCAUGAGCCCGGCAGUGCAGAGAUGGAGCGGGACUUGCCACAGGCAGCCACCGAGCUGCCCAGCCCUGGCGUUGCCCAAGCAGAGGGCGGGAUUUGGGGCCUGACCCGCACCCAGACUGGGGUGGUGGUCACCUUCAUUGUGGUGGGCUGCGCUUUGCUCCUGGGUACGGUGGCCGCCGUGGCUCUCUAUGGUUGGCGGAGAAAGAGUCGCCUUGAGCAGCCUCAAGCUGGCAGCCGCUCUCCGGAGUCUCCGGUGGAGGAGGGCUCUUGCAUCGGCUUGCGCCUGGUCCUUUCAACGGGGGUGGCUGCGGACGGGAGCUGGGACUUUCUGCACACGAAGCAGACGCCCUGCCCCGGGGCCACAGCCCCUCCCCGGAAGAAGGAGCCCCGCCUCCUCUGCCAGAAACUGCUUCAGCCAACCGGCAUUGCCAGAAAGGGAGCCUCCAAAGCAGCCCCCUUCACAGCGUUGCUCCAAGGGGAGGUCUCCUUGCGAGGAAUGUGUUUGCCUUGUGGCUACAGCAGUCCACAGUUAGGCAAGGAGGCUUGGGAGGCUUCAGGUGCUGGCCAAGGAAUUGCCAGCCCCUUCGGUCCUCAGCGUGGGAAACUGGUCUCAGCUCUUCACCGGAGUUCCUCGUUCAACCUUUCCCUGUCUAUUGAGGGUAGAUCCACGCUUUGGGAUGGGUGUGGGGGUGUCCAGGUCCUCGGAAAGAUGCCGUAUGCUCAAGGGCCUCUUCUGUCCUUGCUCUUUGUUAAAGAGUCUGCUCCAGGCCAGCGGAGGGUCAGUGGGCGCCUUCUGCAGCUUUGCUUCUUUGCUGUGGCCUUGCUGGAUGGCUCAGCCUGGCCCUGCCCGCCCCCCUGCCGGUGCUUCGGGAACACCACGGUCUUUUGUGCCGAGGGAGCCACCCGGGACGUCCCCCGAGGGAUCCCUGCCAAUGCCACCCGGCUGAUGUUUGUGGAGACCUCUCUGCAGUCCCUCCGCAGCCGGGCCUUCAGCAACAGCAGUGCCCUGACCCAGCUGGUCUUCCUCAAGAACCCUCUCCGCUCCGUGGAAGAGGCUGCCUUCGAGGGGCUGCCCAGCCUCCGAGAGCUCGUGAUCUCCGGGAGUAACUUGAGUGCUCUGACCCGGGAGGGUUUGGCCGGCUUGGCCCACCUCAGCAGACUCUCUGUCAAGUUCAGCCCCCUCACAGCCCUGGAGGGGGGGCUCUUCAACAACACCCCUGGCUUGGAAUCCCUUCACCUGCAAGGCAACCAGGUGGAGUCUCUGCCCGCCCACAUCUUUCAGCCGCUCAAGUCUCUGGAGAGCCUCCACCUGACUCAAAGCCUCCUGGCUGGGCUGCCGGAGGACGCCUUUGAGCCUCUGCCGCGCCUUCGGGUGCUCCAGCUGAGUGACAACCGAUUGUCCCGCCUCCUGCCAAAGACCUUCUCCCCCCUGUCCAAGCUGCAGGAGCUCUUCCUGGGGGGGAACCAACUGGCAGAGCUGCCCAGAGGCAUCUUCUCCCGGCUGCCCCACCUGAGACGGCUCCACCUGCAGUACAACAGCCUCCAGCGCCUUUGCCCCACCACCUUCUCCUCGCUGCCCAGCUUGACUGCCUUGUAUCUGGACAGUAACCAGCUGGCCGACCUGCCAGACGGGCUCUUUAGGGGGACGCCCAACCUCACUCUCCUCUCUGUGGCCCACAACCAUCUCCAGACCAUCCCGGAGGGGCUGUUUGGCAAUCUCUCUUGCUUGUCUACCCUGGUGCUCUCACACAACCGCCUCUGCUCCCUGCCCGCUGGGGUCUUCCAUGGCUUGUCUGCCCUCAGCAAGCUGCAACUGGACCACAACCGCCUCCGAGAGCUGCCGAGGGAGCUACUUGCUGACCUCGGCAACCUGGAGGUGCUGGGCCUUGCCCGCAACAACUUCACCACGCUGCGGAGGGAUGCAUUUGCCAACCUCACCCAUCUGAUGGUGCUGGACCUUGCCAGCAACCACCUGGCAUCGCUGCCGGUGGGGAUCUUUGACGGCAAUGCCUUCCUCUACAGUGUGGCUCUGGAAGGCAACCCCUGGGCCUGCGACUGCCAUUUGGCGGGCCUGGCGUCUUGGCUCCAGGAGGACAGGUGGAGGCUUAAGGCAGACGCCUUUUGCAGCAGGCCGUGCCGCCUGGAGAGCGUGAGCCUCCACGAAGUCCCGGAAGAGCUGCUGGUUUGUCUGCCUGGCCCGGAACUGGCCAACUGCAGCCGCACACUGGCUCAGGAUGCCUCCAGCUCCCCCUGGUCUCCAUGCCUUUAUCAGGACCCAGCGGGGGCCAUCCGGCUCAUCUGCAGCAGAGACCGCUGCCACCAGCUCAGCCUGUGUCUCCCACAAGGGCAACUGGUGGCCGCUGCACGAAACAGGAGGCUGGCCUACAGGGACCUGCACAGCAGGGCUCCUUGGAAGUUCUUCGAGUGUCGUGGCAUAAAAGAUUUCUUAAAGGGACACAACUCACCCAAAAGGCACCUUACAUACGGACAAACGGAUCUACCCCGAGUGUCGUAUCUGCUCACAACAGAUUGGCAUCCCGCCCUCCCAGGGGGUGGAGUGCCUCCUCCAGAUAAGCCCCGUAGCGCUCCUGCAGCAGCGAGAGCGGCCCCAGUGCUGUGGACUUGCAAGGGCACAGACAGCAUGAAAGCCACAGGCCUUGCUCUCCUCCUCCUCCUCCUCUUGGGAACUGGCGAGAGUCCGACAUCCUGCCCCAGUGACCAGGAAUACGCCUGCCCCAAGAAGAACCAGGAUGUCUACACAGAAGCCAGAGAUGUUACAGAGAUUCCAAAGUCGGUCAGCCCCAUCAUUUCUGAAAUGGUCUUUAUCAAAACCAGCCUUCGUGAAAUCAAAGAGGGAGCCUUCAGGGACAUGCCCAACCUGGUGAAGCUUCUCUUUAUUGGGAACAGAAUCCAGACUAUUGAGGUGGGAGCGUUUGAUAACUUAGGGAAACUGGAAGAACUGGAAAUGUCUGGCGCACAGUUAAAUCGCCUUCCUGGGGGUGUCUUCCGAAAUCUGUCUGCUUUGCAGCGACUGAGCCUGCGGGACAAUCACUUCACAGGGCUUGGGGAAGGGCUUUUUGACGGUCUUGAAAGCCUGAAGGAGAUUUAUCUGCACAUCAAUGAAAUCCCUUCUCUCCCUGAAGGCAUCUUCGAUGGACUGCCCAAACUCACCUUCUUACACUUGGCCAAAAAUAAGAUUGCGAGCCUGCCAAAGGAUGUCUUCAAGCAACUGACUCGGCUGAAAACUCUCCGGCUCUACGAGAACGAGAUUUCCGACCUCCCAGAGAGGAUUCUCGAGAACCAGCAAGGCCUGGUGGAGCUCAGCCUGCACCUCAACAAGAUCCAAACUCUGCCCCCGAACCUGCUGAAGCAUCUUCCCAAACUGGAGAAGCUUUUUCUGGACAACAAUCGGAUCCAAGUCCUGCCAGAAGAGGCGUUCUUUGGACUGAAGAAAAUUAAGCAGCUGAAAUUGGCUUCCAACGAGCUGGAAAGGCUCCCCGGCAAGUUGUUUGGCCCGAUGCCUCUGCUCAAGGAGCUGGAUCUCAGCAGGAACAGCUUGCAGACUCUGCCUGCGGGUGUCUUUGCCAAUCUCACUGCUGUCACCAAACUCAUCUUGUCCAGAAACCAGCUGGUGAGUUUGCCGGCAGGUGCCCUUCUGGGGCUUGACAAACUCGAGCAGCUCCAUUUAGAGAUGAACAACCUCUCUGCUCUGGACAGCCUGCUGAACUCCUCUCUCCCAGAACUAAAGACCCUCAGGAUCGCCAAUAACCACCUAGAGAGCGUCCCUGUGGGUCUGUUCGAUGGCUGGGGAAAGCUGACCUCAGUGGACCUCGGCGGGAAUCCUUGGCGGUGCGACUGUCAUCUUCUCUAUCUCCACAGCUGGAUGAGAAAGAGUCCUGCAAGAGUCCGAGAGGCCAACAAGGUCACGUGCAGAAGCCCUGAGGAUUUGACUGGGCAGGAGGUCAGAGGACUUAAUGCCGACCAGCUCAUCUGCCUCACCACCGCGUCCGUUUCACCCACCACGUCCCCUCUAGCCACAGCAAUUCCCUCAGCCUCCGAAAUCCCGGCAACUACGGGAGUCCCUGCCACAACAGCCGAGUCUCCAGCUGCAGCCUCCAAAACCAUGGCCACCACGGAGAUGCCCACCACAACGCCACAGUUCACAACGCCCAUCAAGUCAACCCUUGGAUCCCCCCCCACCCCCCAAACCACCAGCCCCAGUGAAGGCCACAGCACAGCCUCGGAAAUCACGCCUACGACCGCUCUGGUGACCCUCCCUGGCACUCCCACGGAGGCAUGACUCAUCGCUACCCCUGGCACUGGGUCAGCCACAACCCCCCAGGUCAUCACUUCUGCCAGGACAGCCACAGUAACUCUGGAUAGAACCACCUGCGCCCCUCUGUCACCGGCCACAUCACCUGUGCCGACCACAGCCACCACCGAUACACCCGGCACCACGCCCAUGUUGGCGAUCACCGAGGCAGAGAAACUCUCCCUCAAGGUGGCAUCUGCACCCGCGAGCAUCGCUACCCCUGGCACUGGGUCAGCCACAACCCCCCAGGUCAACACUUCUGCCAGGACAGCCACAGUAACUCUGGAUAGAACCACCUGCGCCCCUCUGUCACCGGCCACAUCACCUGUGCCGACCACAGCCACCACCGAUACACCUGGCACCACGCCCAUGUUGGCGAUCACCGAGGCAGAGAAACUCUCCCUCAAGGUGGCAUCUGCACCCGCGAGCAUCGCUACCCCUGGCACUGGGUCAGCCACAACCCCCCAGGUCAACACUUCUGCCAGGACAGCCACAGUAACUCUGGAUAGAACCACCUGCGCCCCUCCGUCACCGGCCACAUCACCUGUGCCGACCACAGCCACCACCGAUACACCCGGCACCACGCCCAUGUUGGCGAUCACCGAGGCAGAGAAACUCUUCCUCAAGGUGGCAUCUGCACCCGCGAGCAUUGCUACCCCUGGCACGGGGUCAGCCACAACCCCCCAGGUCAACACUUCUGCCAGGACAGCCACAGUAACUCUGGAUAGAACCACCUGCGUCCCUCCGUCACUGGCCACAUCACCUGUGCCGACCACAGUCACCACCGAUACACCCGGCACCACGCCCAUGUUGACGAUCACCAAGGCAGAGAAACUCUCCCUCAAGGUGGCAUCUGCACCCGCGAGCAUCGCUACCCCCUGGCACGGGGUCAGCCACAACCCCCCAGGUCAACACUUCUGCCAGGACAGCCACAGUAACUCUGGAUAGAACCACCUGCGUCCCUCCGUCACUGGCCACGUCACCUGUGGCGACCACAGCCACCACUGAGACACCCAGCACCACGCCCACGUUGGCGAUCACCGAGGCAGAGAAACUCUCCCCCAAGGUGGCGUCUGCACCCACGAGCAUCGCUACCCCUGGCACUGGGUCAGUCACAACCCCCCAGGUCAUCACUUCUCCCAAGACAGCCACAGUAACUCUGGAUAGAACCACCUGCAUCCCUCCGUCACUGGCCACGUCACCUGUGACGACCACAGCCUCCACCGAGACACCUGGCACCACGCCCACGUUGGCAAUCACAGAGGCAGAGAAACUCUCCCCCAAGGUGGCGUCUGCAGCCACGAGCAUGUGGAUGUGUUGGCACCAUGCCAGCCCCCCUGAUGCGUGCACUUCUGCAUCCUCAGUGGCAGAAUCCACAACUGAACAAGGAGUUGUACCCUCCAGGGCACCCACACCAUUCCCCUCUGGUGCGACUCAGGCUCAGACUUCUGUGGCUGGUGUAGUGCUCACAACACCUCCUCAGCCUGCCACCCGCCAUUCCUCCCCUCGCACCACUCCUGCCUCUACCAGGCCACCAAGGGUGUGGCCCCCAGACUCUGGCCCCAGGGCCCCUUCCUUCAUGGCCCAGAUCCAGGCCUGGGGCUUCUCCCUGUCUUCCAGCUACCAGUAUUGCCCCCUCUUUCUCGUGAUGUAUCUCUCCAUGCUGUUGGUGGAAAUGUGUUGCACAUUUGUCCUGGCAAGGUUGGUGUUUGUGUUGUACAAAGUCCUGCACCCUCGAGAUCAGCCACCUGUGCCCGUAAAGCUGAUGAGCAUCAAGCACAAGAAAGAGAAGCUUUGAUGGUGCUUGGGCAGCGGGAGAAAGCCCCCCAAGAGGUACGGCAGUUGGGAUGGUCACUCAGGGCAGCCCUCAGAGGCUCUGCAGUGGCCAUCUUGCUGUCAUUGAGUGCCUGCUCCCGGGGGGGGGGCAAUGGCAACAGGGCCAAAGAGCAGCAGUUGGUGCCACCAUCUGCCCACCCGCACCCCUCUUCUCUCUCAGGGGCAGGGGGUGGGGGGCCAGGCCCAGUGGGGGUCUCUCUGGGGGAGAUGCAGGGCAAAGAGAGAGCUGGCAGGGCGGCGGAGGAGGAGGUGGGAGCAGCAGGGGCUGCUGAGCCUGAGGCCCACUCACUGGCCUCCCCUUCUGGGUGUGGCAGCCAGCAGGGAGGGGGUGGGGGGGUCCUGGCUAACCCUCUUCUUUUAAUCUUUCCCCCACUGGGAGGGAUCCUGUUUGACUAUCCUGGAAGGGGGGGUGAGUCCCCCAUUCUCCCUACUGGUGACCCAGCAUAACUUGCAAUAUUCUCCCAUCUUCCAUGUUGUCCUCACAACAGCCUUGUAAGGUAGGUUAGGCUGAGAGUGUGUGACUGGCCCAAGGUCACCCCGUGAACUUCCACGGUAGAGUGGGGAUUUGAGCCUGGGUGUCCUAGAUCCUAGUCUGACACUAACCACUACACCUCACUGUCUCUGAUGAAGGUGGUAGUGCUGCCCUGGGUUUGAUACCCCCCACCCCCCACCCCCACCCAUUGUGAUAGUAGAAGUAGUCCACCUUGUUUCUUCCCGGCAGUGUGGCAAAUGAUCCCGUAUGGGUAACUGGAGGUUUUUCUUGUCCGGCUUCCGUCCCCUCUGAGACUGCUGGGCUUGUAUAACAGGCUUGGGUGUGUGUGGCUUUGCAGCCUGCCAUACUGCUUGGCUCUGACACGCUCCGCACAGGCACCUCAGAUAUGGUGAGGAAUUCACACCCGGGAACUGGACGGGCGAAAGCACUGCAGGGCGGUGGACUGUGGGCCUCCCGCGCUUCCGCGUGCUGCUCUGAUGACAGGUGCAGGGCAGUCUUUGGAGGCAGAACAAAGUUCCCGAGGGCCAGCCCCCUGGCCAACGGCCAGCAGGGCAUUUCCAGUAAUUGUUGCUGACCGUUGGAGGGGGUGGGCCUCCCAAAACUCCCUCUCCUGCGUCGUCGCCAAGAAAGGGGCAGGAGCUCUCGCCUCCUGGGCUUACUCUCGUUCGUUGUGUCUGGUGGUGCCUCGGGAUUUUCCUCCGGGCCAGAUUGGUCAGGGAUCCAGCCUGUUGCCAACUGGCUCGCUCCCAUGCCCCUCCCAAAGGGAAGUUUUGGACAGCUGGGAGACCGGCACCUUCCCUCAUCUAUUAUAUGGGCAGAACGGGUCCCUGAGAAAGACGCAGGAGCAGACCCCAGGAGGGCCACUGACAGCCCCCCUGUUGAAGGAGGCUGGGGGCGGCUGAGAAGGCCAGAAGGGGUCCUUGGAGAGCUGUGAAAUUAUUUCCAGGAAAAGGUUCCGGGAAAAGACUCAUAGCACAAGUAUAAGAUAAGAUAGGAUGUGAGAUAAAAGCAGAUAAAAAUGUUCAUUAGAACCAGAUGUGCGCUGUGACCUGCACCGUGUGCGCGCCCGACCUUUUCUAGCAGUGUUGCCAGCUGACCAGGAAAAGCACCCUAACCCUGCUCCGGUGUCUUCAUCAGCAACGUCAUCUGCAGAAGUCGGAGGAGCGUGUUUCCCUGGAGCAGCCAUCGGCAUCUCUGCUGCUGGUGUCUGCAGGUCAAGCGGCUGCAGAAGGCGCAGCGGCAGGGGCCAGUCAAAAAGCUGGCAGCCCCAGAGAAGGCACACUGACCAGCGACUCGGGAGAGACGAGCAAAGCCCAGCUGGAUCCAGUGAAGCCAGCAAGGAGGGCGCCAGAGGGCCAUCGGGCAAAAAAUGUGAUGUCUGCCCCCGGGCUCUCAGUGAGGGGUGACUUCUGAGCUGGGGGUGGGGGGCCCUGGCCAAACAGCCAGCUAGGAAGCGGCCCUCACCGGGAAGAAACUUUUGCAAAGAUCGGCAGAGGCCCAGGAUGCUGGAAAACCCGCAUGGACACGAGGGGGGGGGGGCAGGCAGGCGGGGCCAGAUUCCCAGCCAGGGUGAAAGGCCACGCAGGACUGCCUGUUGGUGCUGUUAAUACUCCACAACGGCUGGAAACUAACAGGUUCCUAACAGAACUGUGAGAAAUGCCGGGGAAAGGGCAGGGAGGUGCUCCAGCGCCACCGAGGGCGCUUCCUAUCCGCUCCCCAAGGUUUCAGUGGUCCAACAGCGCCUCCUGGUGGAAGAAUGAGAAACUUCACGGUGACAGGCUCCACCCCAAAUCUAGAUCAAGCACCCCCCCCGUGCUGCAAAUGCGAAAGGACUGCCCCCGCCCCCCAAUCAAGAGCAGAGUAUUCUUAAACCCACCCCAUGUGUGGGGCUGCAGCUGACCUCCCCGUUGGUUCUCCUCUGUGUGUAACGUUGACAGGCUAUGUCUUCCCAUCACUUUCCCUUUCGGAUGGGAAAAAAUUGCCUGCUUUGAUGGCUGCACAUCUGCCUGCUGUGAACAUUAUGGGAUGGAUGCUCUGGGUAUGCCCGAAGGGCCUUUCAAAGGGAACUCUGCCGGCUAGCCCCCCUGCCUUAUGUUUCAUUUUCGAUUCACCAGAUCUCAUCUGACGGGUCAAGAGGCUUUUGUUUUUUUCUAUAUGUCUCUUUUUAAACAAUGUUAUUGGAGACUUGAAGAAGCCAGAAAAACUGGCUGGAUCCAGACAACCCUUUGUAAGAGUUCAGGUGACACUUUGCAACCGUAUUUGAAUUCACAGAGUGGAAUGAGGGAAAGACUUAAAACUGCUUUCUGGAGCAUGGGAAGCAUGCUGCAGUGCAAACAUUCGCGACCGUACUGGGGCAUAGAUGGUCGUUUUGAUGGCCAGAAUCACAGGAGGCCGUUCCACUGGCCAGAAGCGGGGUGGGGCUGGGCUUGGUACAUACUUGGACAUGCUGAACAGUGAAUAUUUUGCAUAGCCUUGAAGGUGAACAAAGACAGUCUGGUUCAUAUCAGAAGAGGAGAAAUAUUGACUUGCGUGUUGGCCCAGGUGCGAGAAGUGUUUGAGGAAUAGCCAAUGAAGAAGCCAUUCACUUAAGCGAUGUCUUGGCUGGUGGCCAACAGAUAAUUAUGAGUGUGUGAAAUUGGUACCCAUCACCUUUUUAAUUCAUUGUUAUUAAUUAAAGUAGUAAGCUUGGCUUAGCAAAACAGACAAUUGUAGUGGACGUGUGUUUUGUAAAGUGUUGGAAGUUUGUAAACUGGCCAAUCAUAUGUGCCCAAUUAAGCUGUAUCUUGAGCUCAUGGGAAAUUUUUCUUUAUGAUUAUCUAUAGAGAAUUAACUAUUGGUACUUUUAUGUUCUUUUAAGUUAGUUAAUGUUAAAGAUGUUAUAAAUAUGUCUUAAUAAAUGAUAAGAAGGUUGCAAAGAUCCUCAAAUAGUGUUUACUUUACCUGCUAUUUCCACAAUGAACUAAAUACAUGGUUGGGUGUACCUCCUGCCAAGAGAUUCGUGACUGAGUACUGACUGCUGGGCCAGGCAGACCGAGGAAGCUUCCUUCUGCUCUUCACAGGUGUCUUAGCUUGGUCCCCCUGGGCUGGCAUUGCCUCCUCGGGCUGUGGCUCUUGGGUACAGAAAAGGGGCCCUCAAUGCCCCGUCUCCUUUUGCUCAGGGGCCCCAACCUAUUUGAGCUUGGGGGCAACUUUGGGACGCUGACCCAGGGUGGUGGGCGC